UUGUGUGUGUGUUUUUUUUAUGAAUGAAAGGAUCCAGCCCGCUGAUGGAGGACUGAUUCCGGGAAAAAGGCGUUUAGCUCUCUAGUCUGUCUAAACACGGGCCGUGCUGCGAUAACGUACAUGUCAGUCGAAAUACCGGACCAGUAAGUUAGUGAGAAUCGUGGACAGAACAAUAUUCAUCCUCGUUUGAAAUCAGCGAAGAGGGGCAAAUCAACACCAGGUUUCAGGGAUACAUUCAGGGAAAUAUAAAAACCAGACAAUGACUUCAGACGGCAGAGCUAGUAAAGCCCUCAAGGUGAAGAGGGAAUGCGGGGAGAACGUCCCAGUGCUGAGCGACAGCGAGCUCAUGUCGUUAUCGGUGCGCGAGCUCAACAUGCACUUACGCGGUUUGUCACGCGAGGAGGUGCAGAAGCUGAAGCAGAGGCGGCGCACGCUGAAAAACCGCGGCUACGCGGCGAGCUGCCGGGUGAAGCGCGUGUCCCAGCGGGAGGCCCUGGAGCAGCAGAAGAAGGAGCUGCAGCGGGAGGUGGAGCGGCUGGGCGCAGAGAACGCAGGCAUGAGGCGAGAGCUGGAAGGGUUGGGCGCUCGUCUCGCUGCCCUCCAACGCUUCGCCAGAGGUUUGGAAUCUGGAGGAGGCAGUCUGCUCGCCACCACGCCCCGUCUAAACACAGCCUCCGUCAUCACCAUAGUGAAGACACCGCAGCAGGUGCACACCCCUAGAGAGCAGGGAGCAUCCUAGAGCCCCGCGCUCGCAUGGAGACACACGUAGGUACACAGUAUGAUCGCGACAGACAGACAGACAGGACCAUGUAUACUCGUAUACAGGAAGAAAAACAAGUACCACUUGGGAAUUGCAGAUUCACUUACAUAUAUAAACACACAGACUGAAUACAGUCUAAUAAAUGUCCAAGAAUAAUCUCAGUACUGUUGUUGUGGCCUCAAAUAUCAUGACAAGUGUAGAAGUCUGCACAAAGCUAUUGCUAAUGAUAGCAUUCUGCUAUUUCUAUGCCCAUUACUGUGCUUUCUGGGUGGUGAUACAUUAAAAAAAAAAUAGUCCUAAUACUUGUUAUCAUGUGGGACCACCGACAUUUCAGAAGCUAGUUAGUUUUGCUGGAAUAUCUCCUUGGUAUUAAUGUAUCAUCAUGGGACUAGAGAACUUGCAGAACUGUUGAUACAUGCCAUUUAUAUAUUUUAAUGUUUGUAUAAAAGACAAAUGUUCAACAACAGACAUAAAAGCUAUUUUAUUUGUGUUCCAAACGAGAUGUUUGAAGGUAAUUUUGUGCUGUGAUCUGUCUAUAUACUACUUCUGUUUGACUAGUUUGGGGUCAUUCUUUUAAUUAUUGUUUUUUUUUUUGUUUGUUUGUUUGUUUACUUGUUGUAAUGAGUUAUUAGUAUAGUAAUGUUAAGGUAUAAAGCCCCAUUACUUGUAAUAUGAUUCAGUAUGUGUGAGGGUCAUAUUUGUACUAAUAUUAGAGCGACUUGUUUGUAGUGGUAUUUUUGUAUUUAAAACCAAGACCAUAUAUAUUAUUUGCUAUUUAUGAUUAAAAACGUAUCUGAAUAUUUUGGAAAGCUGGAAUAUUAAAAAAAAUACCAUUAGAAGGAAAGGAGAGUGGAAGGGGAAUCUGUGGAAGAUGUGAAAUUAGAGAAAAAUACGGAAGAGGGCAGCCAGAAGGAGAAGUGAGCACUUGUGGCUCACAUGGGAGGAAAAAAAGGAGGAUAAGAAAGUGACAGAGGGAAAGUGAAAGACAAAAAUGAUAUCACAUGUACAUUAACCCAUGGUUGUUGAGAUGACUUUUGUUAACUACAUGCCUGGUUUAUUCCAGUAAACGGGGUAAUGCUGUAUGAUCAGUAAUGAUCGGCCAUGUUAAACGUGGAUAUCUCUGGUGAUUUUCUAAUUAAGUGCAGUUAGCAAUGUCAUCGUCAUUACUGAGAAUCUAACUCGGUAAUAUCAUGCCCGUGACACUUGUGCUUCAGAACAAUGUGCCGAAUGUUUUGUAAGAGGGCAGAGCACACACACACACAAAAAAAAAAAAAAAUUGACGUUUGUAUUUAUUAUCUGUAUUUUUCUAUGGUAAAUUCAUUGUCUAUUUUAUAUCAUUUAAUUGAAAUAAAUGUUGUAUAUAUUGUA